AUGUACUACUUAGUGUUGCUGGUGUACGCCUCCAUAUAUGCGACUGAGCUCAUCAGCGGCGGCGAGGCGUCGGAGGCGCUGCGCUCCAACCUCGCAAACGACCACGCGGCGGUGGCCGCGGGCGACGCGCUGCGGCUCUUCACCUCCGCGUUUGUCACCACCUCGCUGCGGCAGCUGGGCGUGACGCUGCUGUGCUUCUUCACGGUGGGCAGCGAGCUCGAGGCGCUCCUGGGCAACGGCGUCUACUGGGCGCUGCUGUGCCUCUCCGUGGUGGCGGGCGGCUUUGCGGACGCGGCGCUCAGCCCACAGCCGAUCACGAGCGGCCCCGCGCCCAUCAUUGCGAGCCUGGUGGCGGCGCUGCUUGCGUAUCACAUCAAAAAUUGGCGGAUAGAGGCGCAGCUGCAGCAGCUCAGGGAGGCGCGGGACGCCGUUUUUGGCACCGGCGGCCGCACGGCGGACAUGACGCCAUCCGUGGCGCGCAAGCGGCUCACGGCCAUGCUGACGGACCUGGCGGGCGACCCCCCGCUCCUCAACCCCCCAGCUGGGGGGGCCGCGGGCGCGAGCCCCGCCUCGUCAGCGACUGGGGGCGAGGGGUCUGCGGGAAGAUCUGCGGCCUCGGGAGGGGACCUUCGAGGUCUCGGGGAUCUCCAAGAGACAAAGAUCCAGGUGAUCGACGGGAUCUGGGAGCCGACCGUCCUGCUGCCGCGCGAGGCGAAGGCGUUUGUGACGCUGGCGGGGCUGUCCACGGCCUGCUUCUCGGCGUUGAGGGACGCGGUGGACGCGGCCAACUACUCGGCGAUGGCGGCGGCGUUUGUGUUUGGCGGCUUGCUCGGCUACGCGGUCGCGCCGUCGUGGCGGGUUGAGUACGAGCUCGCCUCGAAAGAGGGCGAGGGCGGCGGCGGCGGCGGCGGCGAUGGCGCGGCGGGGUGGCGCAAGAGGGGCGCCGGGGCUGGCGGCGGCGAGAGCGUGAGCAGCCUCGACGGCGGGCUGGGGGUGUACUGGCGGCCGGCGCUCGCCGACGCGAUGACGGGGCGGGCGCGCGCCAACGCCAUCGUCGGAGGCGCGGGCGUGCUGUAUGCGGCGCUCGGGCUGUGGCUGCUGCUGGCCGAGUGA